AAUUCUCAAACCCAAUUUCCCCUCUUCUGCCCUCUCCCUUUUGUAAUUAUUAUUACUAUUAUUUAUUUUUAUUUUCUCUCUCUCUCUCUCUUUCUCUCUCUCUCUAUGUGCCUUGCAUUCGAUCUGAUCCUUGAAUCUUGAAUCUUGAAUCUUGAUAUAUAUAUAUCCCGAGUUUUAAGCCAAAGCUUGCAAAUCUACUUCCUAAAUUACAGCGCCCUACGCCACAAGCAUAUCAUUUCAUGCCCCAGGGAAGUAGAUAAUUGUAUAUAUAAAUUCCAUUUUCAAAAGUGGAUCGAAGGCAUGGAAAGAGGCCACUUCCAUCGGAAGCAUCAGAGGAGAAAGAGAAAGAACAUCAUGACUUCUCUUCUUAUUCAUCUUCUUGGUCUGAAACAGACAUGUCUGCUAUGGUUUCAGCUCUCUCUCAAGUCAUCGCUACUUCUGCCGAUGAUAAUAAGCCUACUGUGGUGCAAUCAGCCCCACUUGCAGUAGAGCAAUCCCUUGUCAAAGAAGAACUUGACCAGUCCCAACCUACCCAAGAUCAAGAAAAUACAAGGAGAAGACACUAUAGGGGAGUAAGACAAAGGCCAUGGGGAAAAUGGGCAGCUGAAAUACGUGAUCCUAAGAAGGCGGCUAGAGUGUGGCUUGGCACUUUUGACACGGCUGAGGAUGCAGCCCUUGCAUAUGACAAAGCAGCUCUAAAGUUCAAAGGCACAAAGGCUAAGCUUAAUUUUCCCGAAAGAGUUCAAGGGAAACCUGAGUUUAGCUACUUCAUGACUACUUCCGGUGACUCAAGUAGUAGCAUCUCUCCUGGACAAAAUCCAAUGCUAAUGGCCCCUCCCGCUUCUUCUUAUCUUCCUCCACCUCCUCCUCCAUCCUUCCCACAAGAAACUUACCCAGACUUGCUUCAAUAUGCACAAAUUCUUUCUAGUACUGACGCGAGUUUCCCAUAUUACACUUCAAAUCUGUUUAAUCAACAGCCUUAUACUCCCCAUUACUCAUCCAAUGAACCAUCAUCAACAUUUUUAUCGCAGCAACAACAACAGCAUCAGCAGCAAGAUCUGAUGAGAUUCUCUCCAUGGUUCGACAGCUCCUCUGGUUCUGAUUACCAAGAACAUGGGAAGGACUCUAGUAACCCUAGCGAGUAGUAUCUUUGCUUUCCUAUAUUAAUUAAAGGCAUAAAACAUUCAUAUGGUAUCCAUUAGUUGAAGGAUAUGAUAAUGCACGUUAAUUAGUACCAUUUCUAUGAGAAUCCAUCCAUCAUGGAAAAGAGCUUUUAAGUAGUUUUUUGUAAUUUUAUUGAAGCUCUUCUAUAUUAAUUGUACCCAUUUUUUCUGGAUGCCUGACGACAGUAAUAUUAGUCACAGCCAGUGAUUGCCUUCCUGAAUUUGGGGUCUGUAAGCUUAUAUUUGGACGGUAAGAGAGAUUUUGACUACUGUUGUACUUUCUUCUUCUUGUUGUUCUAUUUGAAGUAAAUUUGCAUGGUAA